AUGCAUCACAGCCAUCCUUCUAGAACCCCGAGAGAAGAGGCUCGACGAUAUCGCGGAAAGCGCAUUGGUUCUGGCGAGGAAGCCGCGUGGAUUAAAUGUGAACGGCAGAUUUUCCUUCUUCGCCCCGCCAACGCUACGUUCGCUGCUAAAUACAACUUAUCUCCUGCACCAACGAAUCUAUCUUCCAAAGUCUUUUUCCGACUUGAUGAUUGCCUUCGGGCAGACAUGCGCUCUCACUUUGGCUGCGUGACAUGUAGACAACGUAAGGUGAAAUGCAACGAGGAGAGGCCUAUAUGCGGCCCAUGUGCCAAGUCCUCCCGUGAUUGUGUCUUCUCCGACUGCAUAUUUCGUCACUACAGUGCCAGCGACCUUGCCGGCGAUGAAACCGGAUACGCGACACAGACAUGGGUCAAAGUACCUUCUGACCUCGUCUUUUUGCAGGUCAAAGACCCUUUCGCUGACGACGAGGAACCAACAUUCCUUCUGGAGAAGCAUCGUUCAGUUACGGCUACGCCGAUAACCCCUGCCAGUGAACAAGAGGUGAUUGCGAGAUCUGCUCAUAGUUCCGCACUGCCUACAGGAAAUGGGGUCUUGACCGCAAUUCUGAUCCGACAUUUCAAAGAAGGUCCUAGUCAAUGGUUGGACUGCUUUGACACCAAUGCCUAUUACUCCAUCAAGGUGCCCGUCAUGGUGGCUACCCGGCCCAUGCUGAAAGCUGCUGCAUGUGCCCUUGCCGCCAAACAUCUGCACCGGAUGUGCCAGGGAGAUGCUUGUCGGAUGUUGCAGUUAGCCCAUCUUCGCAACAGCCCCCUUCAGUGGGCUGUUGGAGGGGUUGACUUGAAAUAUGAAUCGGUACGUCUCUAUGACGAAGCUAUUCGGUACUUGAAAGACGCGAUAAGGCUGGAGAUUCCGAACAGCCGGCGAGACGAGAUGUUCGCCGUCGUUGCCAUUCUAUGCAUGUAUGAGUUGAUCGAUGCUCCCAGUACCGAAUGGCGAGCACAUUUAAGCGCCCUGCCCUUCCUCUAUUGCGGAACUGUGGAUGACUUCAGCUCGACGUCCUCUCUACCAAAUUCUCUGCUGCAUAUCUCCCGCUCGGUUUUUUGGAGUCUCGUCCGCCAAGACUGUCUUUCGGCUUUCAUCAACGAGACACAAACUCGCCUCAACCUCUUCGACCUUGUCAUCUGGCGCAAUUUCGGUCUUAAUAUUUCCGCCCAUGGUCAUCUCUUACCACCCUCCGUCUCCUCUACUACCAUCAACACCCCCAUUUCCUCCUCUCCGAGCCCUCAUGCCCGAGUCCCAUCACACAGUGCUUGGCUUGAGGAAGACACACUCAGCAAUGCCUUAGUUUGGAUAAUGGGCAAGAUCAUAAACUUCAUCACGAGCGGUGACGGAAUCAAUCCAGGAGACUACGAGAGCCCUCCAGGCCAACGUCCAUGUUUCGGCACCACACAAGAGGAUCUCCUAGAACGAUGGAAAUUACUAGAGUUCGAGCUGACUGCCUGGUACGAUACCUUACCCGAUUCUUUUAAACCGUCUGGUCGUACCCAACUGUUUCUGUCCAAUCUCGAUCCGACACACCAAGAACCUAUCCCCACCCCUACGGAGAAUGUCGGAGAUGCAGAUACGAUAGAUGCGAUUUCCUUCAUCAUUCCCAUUUCAACCGUUGUUCGUGGCAGGACAGUGCUUCGAGGGGGAUGCGGAGAGGCAAUUAGUAGUGGAUCUGCUGCGACGUGUGGAGAGCGAUACGGGAUGGGCAACAGAGUAUCGGGUGAAGGAGUUGCAAAAGCAAUGGGCGGAUGGGGGGUUGCGGUGUGGGAGAUAGUUAGCCAAACCAUUCCAACUUGUAAGGAAGUGAAUCCUUACAAGCCACUCUUAUCUUUGAAUUUGCGGUGUAUUAUCUGGAUAGUGACAGUAUUGUGA